AGGGCGUUGCAAGGGGGUUGGAACGUGGCCAACCGUAGAUCCUUGGUUGUCUUCAGAGAGUAAACUUGGAGAGACAUCCAUUACGUCCCAAACAUGCCGCCGCGCAAAAAGUAUGCCUUCCGCUGGACCUGCUGCUAUUGUGGCCAGGGGGGCAUGAAUGUGGUUACCGAUCCUUGCGUCAGCUGCGGAUACCCUAGGUGUUCGCGUUGUCGAGUGGACAAACUGCACGUCCGGCAACACCUACAUCACGAUACUGCCCACGACCAACACAGCCACAGCGAUCAUACGUAAUAAGGGAAAACGCGGAAAAACUCUGAACUCCAUUAAGAUGUCUACUUAGUAUCGUACAUACGA